CCAUUUUUCGUAAAAAGGGUUACAAAGUUUUUCUUUCGCGUACUAAUAUCAUGAUGAUGAUUAUCUACCGACUACCAAGUACCAGCCAUGAUCUGGAAGUAUAACUAGUAUAUAUUAAUUCCAUGGUACCAGCAGCCAAUAUUAUACUAGUAAUCUGUGCAGCAGCCUACCAGUUUUUACAGUACCAGUACAAUUAAAAUUAAACAAAAUGAAUUCUUCGACGAAAGCUCUACCAAUGACCAAGGACGAGACCAUGGUAUUAGUCCAGCUUAUAGCAGCAAAUCCUAUCGUAAAUAACAAGGCAACCAAUGCCACUAAUAACAAAUUGAAAGAGGAGGCUUGGCAGUCAUUGUCGGAUCAAUUUAAUUCAUCCGUGUCAAGUUUCCCUCGCACCCCAACUCAACUUCGACUCAAAUGGGAGAAUUUAAAGAAAUCGGCGCGCAGACGCAGCGCGAGCAUUAGAAGCAGCCAAAAUAAAACAGGAGGAGGCAAGGACUAUUUCCCACCAGAUGAAGUCUUGGACAAAGUAGCUUCACUUUUGCGUCUUUUCGCAAAAAAAUCAUUCAGUUCCAAAACUUCUAGGCCGUCCUCCCCUCAAUCAGAAUACCCUAUCCGAGCAAACCACACUGAUGAGCCUCAAGCAGUCAAUGAUAAAAAACAGGAGGAACAUGAAAAUAAUAAAAUAUUUACUUAUUUAAAAUAUAUAAAAGAUCUUCUAGAAAAGACUUUGGAUAAGGAAGAAAGCAUAAGAGACAAUCUGAGACCAAAAAGAAGAUUAAUGCAAGAGGCAUCAGUAAGCAAGCAAAAAGCCCCACAGUGUAGUAAUGCAAAAGAAACACUCAGCCCCGAAAUUUCUAGGCCGUCUUCCCCUCAAUCAGAAUACCCUUUGCAAGAAAACCACACUGUUGAGCCUCAAGCGGUUAAUGACAAAAAGCAGGAGGAACAUGAAAAUAAUAAAAUAUUUACUUAUUUAGAAGGUAUAAAAGAUAUUCUAGAAAAGACUUUGGAUAAGGAAGAAAGCAUAGGAGACAAUCUGAGACCAAAAAGAAGAUUAAUGCAAGAGGCAUCAGUGAACAAACAAAACGCCCCAGAGAGUAGUAAUGCUUUUCAUAAAGAAAUAGACGGGGACAAAUACUUUGUGUUAUCUCUAGUACCGACUUUGAAACAAAUGAGCGACGACCAGAAACUCGCUGCCAAAAUGAAAAUAAUGCAGGCGCUCCAAGAAGUCAGAAAAAUGAAUAUAAACCAGAAUAUAAUGUAUGUGGAAGAUAACAUGAAGGAUACUUUGAAAGUGGAGUACUUGGACGAAGAUAAUAGUGAUAGUAGUUUCUCGUAGGCCGUGCAUGAUUUAAAUAUUGACGACAUAAAUGGAAGUCGCGAAAUAUCUGACUGCUGGCCAGAUCUGGAUUUAUGUAGAGGCAGUAUUGGCCGGGUGGCAGCAUCCUAUGCGCGACUUUUUGUAGCGGUGCAGUCGCGAUACUGUCGCAUAUUUGCAUCGAUACAGUCGCGAUGCAGUCGCUAGCUUUGUGUCCUGUAUGGCGUUGCAAAUGCGACUAACGCGCGUUAGUAGUUUUUGACGUUUUUGUUACUGUGUGACCUAUGUGAAUAAAUGAUUUUGAUUUGGUACACUAUGUAGUCGUGCGCUUCAUAAACGCGCGACUGCAUCGCUACUAAAAGUCGCAGUGGGCGAGGGCCCUAUGGCGUUCUAGGAUUGCGGCAGAGUUCGUACCUACGGGCGGCAAAAUGGCCUACUUAUAAAAAAAAUAUAAAUCCGGCCCUGUUGCUAACCCAAGAAGUGUGAACCACGUGGUAGAUGAAGGCGCAGUGCAACGGUUUAUAUCAGCCACUGAUACAACUGCAGUCCUUGCGCUGCCGGCAAUAUUGCCCUGAAUACUUCUGCGACAGUAACGACGCGAGUGUGCGUUUACACUCAGCCCUCCACAGUUGCCGCGUCGGGCAGCGGCAUGACGAGUGGCAGCGCGAGUGACUAUCGUUCUCGCGCUGCCCACUUCCCUGCCCGACAAGGCUGAAUCAAAC